GCUAUACAGUUACAUCAACACGAUAUGUUCCGGCGUGGCCAUUAUCUCCAUGGCGUGUUUGGUGUAUGGCGCCACCAUCCUAGUUCCAGCCAGCGCCUGUGUGCUGCAGACUACGCGAGCGCAGCAGGGGCUGCUUGUAGCAGCACCGGUCGUAGGGUUGAUCAUAGGCGCCACCCUAUGGGGCUACCUGGGUGAUACCCGCGGCCGGCGUAAAAUGCUGCUCGUCUCACUCCUAUCCUCGGCUGUUCUCAAUGCUCUCAGCAGUAUUUCCGUCAACUGGGUCAUGCUUAUGAUACUGCAAUUCUUCACUGCAUUGCUGGCAGCAGCGAUGUACACCUUGUCUAUGACCCUGCUAAGCGAGUGUGUACCGAUGGCAAAGCGCAAUCUCGUGGUGCUCAUGGUGUCCAGUAUCUUCCUGCUAUCCCAAGGGAUAAUGGCGGUAAUGUCUAUACCCAUCAUCCCGUUGACGUUUUCUUACCACCUGGAGGCGCUUGGUAUCUACUGGAACUCCUGGCGUACACUGCAGGUGGUGUACUCAGUGCCGUGUCUGAUCUGCGCGGCCUUUUGGAUAUUCAUGCAGGAGAGUCCUAAGUACGUUUUGGCAAGUGGAAAUGAGGACCAGGCACUGGAGAUCUUGAGGACCAUCCAUAGGUGGAAUAAUGGCAGGAGAGAGGAAGAAUUGCAAGUAAAAGAGCUGUUGCAAGAGACAGAUGCUACACAGAAGAAGUCUGAAGAUGUGAAGGACCAAAUAGUGCCUCUGUUCAAGAAACCAUAUUUGAAGAGUACUUUGAUCAUGGCCAGUAUCUUCAUAUUAUUCCAAAUUAUAGUAGCCUUCGCGGUGUGGGCGCCAAGCAUCGCCAAUCAGCUGAUGAAGCUGCUGGAGACAGGCGAGGGUUCGGACCUCACGCUCUGCCAGAUCAUUGCCACCGAAGUUGAAGUUGAUCCUGAUGCUGCGCCCUGUUCCAUCAACAGCACCGCUAUGUUGCUGCUCCUCGCCAUGUGCUCGAUGCAGUCUGUCUUCAACACCAUACUCAGCCUGAUAGUGAACAAAGCAGGCCGCCGCAACACCGCCAUGGCGGUCGCCUCCAUGUGCGGCUUGUCCGGCGUGCUCAUCAACUUGGUGCCCAACGCCGUGGGCACGGGUGUUCUAUUCGUAAUAUUCUCUCUGGGUGCCGUCACCAUGGGCUUUUACACCGCCAUCGCUGUUACACUGUUCCCCACAAGACUAAGGACCAUGGCUAUGGCCAUGUCAAUGAUAGGCGCACGGCUGAUGAGCGUCGUCUUCAUUCAGAUUGUCAACUACCUCCUCGUCAGUUCUUGCGAGUUGGGGUUCUACCUCUUCUCAGCUCUGUUCGCCUCAUCAACGUUGAUACUGGCCCUAUUACCAGACGACCGCCGGCUGCUCGCGUCGCCGAAACAGCCUGAUCCGGAAAUUUCGGAUGAGCAACAUGAGCAGAGAACAUCCUUUUACACAGUGGUGAAGGAUGGACCAUGCCACGCCCUGGCCAUUGUGUACAGGGGGCUAUGGUAUGCAGUGGCGGACGACUGCCAGAAAUGUGUGGAGCCGAAAGAAGCGGAAUUUACUUACGACGAGGCAGUGGAACUGGCUGGCCAUGGCCGAUACAACCACCUGGUCCUUGUGGCAUGCAGUGUCAUCAGCAAUGCCGUGGCACUGGACAUGUUUGCCUUCGGCCUGAUCCUCGCCACGGCCUCAUGCGACCUCCAGUUAGGCAUCGGUCAUAUUGGGCUGCUUGGUUCUAUACCAUUCGCUGGUCUUCUCUUCGCAUUCCCAUGGGGCUACUACGCCGACAUCAGCGGACGGAGACGGGCGCUGCUGCUGUCCUGCUCAGUCGGGUUCAUCAUGGCCGCCGCCGGGAGCCUGUCCCCAAACUGGCAGACGCUGCUGGUUAUGAAGCUGGUGGGCUGCAGUUUUUCAACGGCAUCGUUCAGCCUAACUAUGACGUACUUGGGCGAGUGCACGGGGAACAAGCACAGGAGCCAAUACAUGUUCAUCAUGAACAGCAUUAAUCUCUUCUCCGAAGCUGUCACGUUCAUGCUGGCCCUAGUUAUUCUGCCACUCACCUUCAACAUCCCCAUUCCCUGGAUGGGCAUCACCUACCGGCCCUGGCGACUCUUGACUCUCAUCCUGGCCAUUCCCCUUGGAGUCGGCGCGGUCAUGAUGUGGUUCCUACACGAGAGCCCCAAGUUCCUAGCCAAUAGAGGGUACAAUGAUACGGCGUUGGAGGUGCUGAGGAAAAUCUUUGAGGUCAAUGGAGGGAGGAAAGAUGAAUAUCAGGUGAAAAGUAUUUCGAAAACUAUGGAAACGCAAAACAAAGAGCCAUUUUGGCAGUCGAUAGUACAGCAGACGGUCCCAAUCUUCAAGCCACCUCUCCUGUGGAGGACCAUACAACUCUUCUAUUUGAUGAUGCUCUGCUGUGCCAUGAACAACAUAUUCGUGAUGUGGUACCCCACUAUCGUCAACUCUUUCUUCACAUCCCUCUCAUAUGGCGUGGUAGACGAGAAAAGCUUCUGCGGUCGGUUCGUCAGUAACCUGACAGCUGAUCCUAGCGACACUGGCGAUUGGUUCUGCAACGACACCAUCACCCCAAGCACUCUCUACACCGGCAUCAUCACGGGCUUCUUCUACACCGGUCUGAACCUCUCCGUCUCUAAGCUCGCCAAGUGGCGGCGUAGCGUUCUACUCACCAUCUACUUAAUCCCUGGUGUCUGCAUGGUCUUCACCAAUGUUGUAAAAGAGCCUAUUGUCAGUUUGAUCCUGUUUGCUCUCGUUCAGGGAACGGCUAUUGGCAUUGGGGUCGUGGCGUCGUAUUUUGUGGAUUUGUAUCCGACUUCAUAUAGGGCCCUCGUGACCAGCCUUGCUCUGAUGACAGCUCGGCUGGGCUCUCUGUCUGGCAUCAACAUCAUUGGGCACGCCAUGACCACUAACUGCGAGAUGACGUUCUACUGCUGUGCUGCUUUAGUGUUCAGUGGCGUUGCUGUAACCCUGAUUCUACCUUCAGAUAGAAAAUCUAACGGAUGAGAAACAAUGAAUAGAAUAAACUAUUUUGUACAUUUG